AUGAAAUAGAAUAAAAUUUUUUAAUUAAAAUAAAAUUUAAAAUUAAUAAAUAAAAAAAAACUUAGGCAAUAUAAAAAAUAAAAUAAGAAAUUUUUAAAAUAAAAACUUAAUAAACAAAUAAGAAGAGUUUGUUGCUAUUAAUUCAUUUUUUUAAUCUCAACUUUGAAAGCUUAGUGCAAUUUGCUAAACAAGAACAUAUACCUGACGCACCUUAAUAGCCAAUUUAAUUGUCACUUUUUAAAUAUUGAAGAAAAAAUAUAAAAUUAAUUAGUAAUUUAGAUGGAAAAAAUGAAGAAAAAAUAAUAAAUAAAAAGAAAUUAAUAAAUUAUAAAAGCAAAUGUUGAAAAUAAAAAAUGA